CGGCUUCAAGUGCUGCAAAACCAAAAUCUUUGCUUUAAAAAUCAUAUUUAUUUAAUCUUCCAUUUUUGACCUUUAAAAGUUCCGAUAUAGAAGUCCAUCUUCAUCUGUAUGGUUCCUAGAAUCUGAUUUAAGUGUUCUUCAGUUGUCUAUCAGUUGAGAAACUGAAAAUGCACCUGUAUGGAGGCAAGAGAUUUCAAGUGCAUCCCGUGCACCAGUGGAACUCUGUGGAUGUACUGACGGAGAGCGGACUGUUCCAGCACGGCGAAGUGGUCGAGGUGGCGGAGAACGGUCUGAUCGUGGAUUUUCGAUGCAGCGAACAGCGGUCACAGUUCGUCAGCUACGACAAAAUCUUCGACGCUGGGGUCGCCCCGCGUUCCGAGCCGUACCACAAUUGGCUCGAAGAACUGCAGUGGAAUCGCGCACUGACGACGAAUGCCUGUGUGCAAGUUCUGUGGCGCUCACAUCCGGGUGCUGCCUGGCUGUGGUAUCCUGCGCGCCUCCUGCAUCGGGGUUUUUUCUUCCCCUUUGACAGCAUUGGCCUCGUGUUCGCUAUAGUAAAACUGGAUGGUCGACUGCAAACGGAACUCUUCUCCGCUGAGCAAGUGCGCUUUCGGCCGUCUAAGGAAGAGUUGGCCAAACGAGCGCUGAAAGAAGGAUGCUUUGCUGUGCGAGAGCAGCGUUUGCCUGCAGAUUUUUUGUCGACGACCACUUCUCAGGCAUCGGAUCAUUUUCGCCAGUAUCUUCAGUUAUUCGAGCAUGUUCAGGUUAUCGCGGUUCUUAGCGGAACUCUGAAGUAUGUCCAGCGAAAGGACGCGACGCCCUUGACAAAAGAGGAUGUGGCAGAGAAAUGCGAGGAGAGCAGAAACGCGUUUGCUCAGCUUCAGCGCCGGGAACAUCAGGAGAAGGAAGUUCCAGGCCUGCGGUCGCUUAACGCGAUCGAAUUCCCGCAAAAACGCAAACUCCUCGACGACGAUGCACAAUCGGAAGUGGAAUGGGUAUUGCCAACCGCCACGCACCUUUUGCGCGAAAUCUUCCACUCCCUAGACAGCGUCAGCCGCGAGAAACUGCGGCGUGUCUGUCCGCUGUGGAAUGACCUUUUAAGCGACGCGGACAGCGCGAAAACUGUCCGCAUCUCCUUCUCCAUGAACCCGUUUUUCCCACAGGAAGAGGAGAAUUUCACCUAUGUGUACGGCGCCGUCGCUGGUCUGCUCAAGUUCAUUAACGGUUCCACGCAACGCUUGAUUAUUGAGUGUGUAAAUGCGGAGAAUUUGGACGGUGCACUGGCGGUGAUUAAGUGGGUGUUGCGUGAUAAACACCUCAAACAGCUCAUCCUCCAUGAUGUGGAAUUCAUCUCGGACGAUCUUUUCGCGGCGGAAUACGUUUACAGCGGGGAUGUGGAUGAUGCGGAGGUGGAGGGGAGAGGCAACACGCUCGUCCGACGCCUGGCCAAGGACUUGACGAAUUUGGCGCCGUGUUGCGAGGAAGUGCGACUGCGCCGCUGUGAAAUUAACUGCCGCCAACAGAUGACCGUGAUUGUCCCGCAUGCGACGAUUAAACUGGAUGCAGCGGAUAUUGAAGCGCAGUUCUGGAAUCUCUACGAGGCCAAUUUGCCGUGCGACGGAGUGAAUGUCCAGGAGACGGCGGAGUGGAUUCGCACCGGAUCGGCGGAACUGCGCACGAUGAUUGUCAAAUAUCUCAAGGAAUGGCAAAGCGACGAUCCGCGAUUGACGACGCAGUAUCGCGACCACGAGUGGACGGUAGAGAAUCUCAACGAACUGGAUGUGUCCAAGCUGACCGCGCUGACACUUCGUGCUUUGAAAGAAGUCCUUCCCGAAGAAAUGGAAGAUGCGGAAACCUGAAAUGGAUUAUAGCAACUGCCAGAACUUUUCUCUGCGCCGAUUUUUGUGUUACGUACUGUCUUGCCUGAGAUUGGAAAACUGUAUUGCGAAAUUUUGUGUUACCACCUUUGCUGGUGAAUAUGAUGAUAAAUAUUUUUUUUAUAUGAUGAUGAUAAAAAAUUUUUUUGCCUGAAUGUUGCGGUUGAAUAAAUGUCCUAA